UUUUAUUUAGGGUUAAAUACACUUUACCCCCUGUAAUGUUAGCGAGUUUAGGGUUACCCCCUGGUAAAGUUAUUUUUUCAAUACCCCCUUAUGUUAUGUAGAUUCCUUCAUAGAACCCCCUAAUAUCCAGGUGGCAUGGAAUCUUGGUUUUUUAUUUCAGACGUGGCUUUUUAAUUUUUUUAUUUUCACAUGUGAAUCUUCAUUAGGUCUCCAGCAUGGCAUAAACUAGAAAUUAGGGUUCCAAAUCCAUCCCUCUCUCUCUUCGUGAAAUCCAUCCCUAUCCCAAAUUCAUCCCUCUCUCUCUUCGUGAAAUCCAUCCCUACCCUAAAUCCAUCCCUCUCUUCAUCUUCGUCCGUGUCCCCUUCAUCUGGGUUAUGGGUGGCAGCAAGGCAUCUUCCACGAGUGAAGUUGGAAACGGCUUACCAAGAUGUGGAUGCAAUGAAACCAUGAAGUUGUUGGUCUCCAAGUCAAUUGAAAACCCCGGUCGCAAAUUUUGGAAAUGCAGGAAUAAUAUGAAUGGGUGCGGUUUAUUUUUGUGGGAUGAUUUGGUCAGUGAGUUUGCAGUGAAAGAAACCAAUCCGUCCGGAUGCCGCCAAUGUGAAGUCAACAAGGCUUAUUUGAUUGAAUUUGCUAAAGAGAUUGUUGAGGAGAUAGAUUGCAGAGUCGGAAAGCUUAACAAGUUAGAAAAACUGAAGAAAAAGAUUGCAAUGGAAAAGAGGAAAAAUUUAUGGUUAAUGUUUGUAAUUGGUCUGUCAUGGAUGUUGAUAGCAGCUAUGGUUAAGUUAGUCUAA